GGAAACGGUCCCCCAGAGCGGCGGGGGACAAAGCGGAGGGAGGCGCGGAGCUCGCCCCUCCCCAUCCCGGCGCCGACUGGGGCGGAUGUGCUGUGGGUAGGCGGUGGUGGGGCCUGGGCCCGGUGAAGAUGGAUCUGGCGGGGACGAUAAUCCUGCUGUGCUCCUGUGCGGCGGGCGCCGGAGGCCAGUAUGGAAAUCCUCUAAAUAAGUACAUUAGACAUUAUGAAGGAUUGUCUUACGAUGUGGAUUUGUUACACCAAAAACACCAGCGUGCCAAAAGAGCAGUAUCGCAUGAAGAUCAGUUCUUGCGCCUAGAUUUUCAUGCUCACGGAAGACACUUCAACCUUCGAAUGAAGAGAGACACAUCUCUUUUUAGUGAUGACUUUAAAGUAGAAAUAUCAAACCAAGUAAUUGAUUAUGAUACCUCCCAUAUUUACACUGGACACAUUUAUGGUGAGCAGGGAAGUCUUAGCCAUGGGUCUGUUAUUGAUGGAAAAUUUGAAGGAUUCAUCCAAACUCACAGUGGGACCUUUUAUAUUGAGCCAGCAGAGAGAUAUAUAAAGGACAAAACUCUACCGUUCCACUCUGUUAUUUAUCAUGAAGAUGAUAUUAAAUAUCCACAUAAAUAUGGACCACAAGGAGGUUGUGCAGAUCAUUCAGUAUUUGAAAGAAUGCAGAAGUACCAGAUGACUGGUAUAGAAGAACCAACAACAGAGCCUUUUGAAGAGCCUAAGAACAAUGGUCCACAGCUUUUAAGAAAAAAGCGUGCCACUCAGGCUGAAAAAAAUACAUGUCAGCUGUAUAUUCAGACUGAUCAUCUGUUCUACAAGCAUUAUGGAACAAGGGAAGCUGUAAUUGCACAGAUAUCCAGCCAUGUUAAAGCGAUUGACACAAUUUACCAGUCAACAGAUUUCUCAGGAAUCCGUAACAUCAGCUUCAUGGUGAAAAGAAUAAGAAUUAACACAACUGUAGAUGAGAAGGACUCUUCCAAUCCCUUCAGAUUUCCUAACAUUGGUGUGGAGAAGUUUCUGGAACUGAACUCAGAACAGAAUCAUGAUGAUUAUUGCUUGGCCUAUGUGUUUACAGACCGUGAUUUUGAUGAUGGAGUCCUUGGUCUGGCUUGGGUUGGAGCCCCUUCAGGGAGCUCUGGUGGAAUAUGUGAAAAGAGCAAACUGUAUUCUGAUGGUAAGAAGAAGUCUUUGAACACUGGAAUCAUCACUGUUCAGAACUAUGGCUCUCAUGUUCCUCCCAAGGUUUCUCACAUUACUUUUGCUCAUGAGGUUGGGCAUAACUUUGGUUCACCUCAUGAUUCUGGAAUGGAGUGCACUCCAGGGGAGUCCAAGAACUUGGGACAGAAAGAAAAUGGCAAUUAUAUCAUGUAUGCAAGAGCUACCUCUGGGGACAAACUUAACAACAACAAGUUCUCUAUCUGUAGCAUUCGGAACAUCAGCCAAGUUCUUGAGAAGAAGAGGAAUAAUUGUUUCGUUGAGUCUGGUCAGCCCAUCUGUGGUAAUGGACUGGUUGAACAAGGAGAACAGUGUGACUGUGGAUACAGUGACCAGUGUAAAGAUGAAUGCUGUUAUGAUGCAAACCAAUCGGAAGAUAAAAAAUGCAAGUUAAAACCAGGCAAAUACUGCAGCCCUAGUCAAGGCCCCUGCUGUACUGCACAGUGUAAUUUCAAACUGAAGACUGAUAAGUGUCGAAAUGAUUCUGACUGUGCAAGAGAAGGAAUGUGUAAUGGUGUUAGUGCUCUCUGUCCAGCAUCUGAGCCUAAACCGAACUUCACAGAUUGUAACAGGCAAACACAAGUUUGCAUAAAUGGGCAAUGUGCUGGCUCUAUCUGUGAGAAGUAUGGCUUGGAGGAAUGUACAUGUGCUAGUUCAGAUGGCAAGGACGAUAGAGAAUUGUGUCAUGUCUGCUGCAUGAGAAAAAUGGACCCAGCUACUUGUGCAAGUACAGGCUCUAACCAGUGGGAGAAACACUUUGGUCGUAAAACUAUUACUUUGCAACCUGGAUCUCCUUGUAAUGAUUUCAAAGGCUACUGUGAUGUGUUUAUGAGGUGUCGGCUAGUAGAUGCUGAUGGCCCUCUAGCUAGAUUAAAGAAAGCAAUUUUUAAUCCAGAGCUAUAUGAAAAUAUUGCAGAAUGGAUUGUGGCUUAUUGGUGGGCAGUGUUGCUUAUGGGAAUUGCCUUGAUCAUGUUAAUGGCUGGUUUCAUUAAGAUAUGCAGUGUUCAUACUCCAAGCAGUAAUCCAAAGUUGCCUCCUCAUAAACCACUUCCAGGCACUUUAAAAAGGAGGAGACCCCCACAAACCACUCAGCCACCACAGCGGCAAAGGCCCCGAGAGAGUUACCAGAUGGGACAUAUGAGACGUUGACUGCAGCUUUUUGCCUUGGUUCUUCCUAGUGCCUACAAUGGGAAAACUCACUCCAAAGAAAACCUAAUAAGUCAUUGUCCCUGGUCUAACUCUCAAAAAUUGAA